AUGGUUCCGUUAGUAGGUCUCUGCGUCAGCUCUAUUGGGAUAAGCAAACUCCGUCAGUUCACGUUAGCAUCGUCAGUUAAGUCAGUUAAGUUCCGCCAGCUCUCUUGGUCAGCAAAGUCAGCUAAACUUACAAAGUCAGCUAAGUCAGCCCUCUCUCGGCCAGCAAAGUCAGCUAAGUCAGUCCUCUCUCGGCCAGCAAAGUCAGCUAAGUCAGCCCUCUCUCGGCCAGCAAAGUCAGCUAAGUCAGUCCUCUCUCGGCCAGCAAAGUCAGCUAAGUCAGCUAAGUUAGUCCUCUCUCGGCCAGCAAAGUCAGCUAAGUCAGCUAAGUCAGUCCUCUCUCGGCCAGCAAAGUCAGCUAAGUCAGUCCUCUCUCGGCCAGCAAAGUCAGUCAGUCAGCUAAGAAAGAAAAUGCUCCAAGAUAUAUGUCAGCGUAAAGUAGAAAGGGAUGAUGUUGAUGCUGUGCCUUUUAUGUCCAAGUCUAGAGUUACUCCACUGAAAGCUGCUGCUAUUCCAAGAUUGGAACUGACAGCAGCCUCUGUGUCAACUAAAGUGUCAAGUUAUGAAAGGAAGUUUAAUAUCAAAAUAUAA